AUGUACGCACUUCAUCCCUCAAAUUCUCUCUCAUCACCAGAAAAAACUGCAUCUGUAUUGUCAAAAGGGACGUUUUACGCCUUCAUCUAUCGGCCGUACCUGAGACGGCUUAAACGGAACGCCGUUCACCCGUCACCGUUGUCGCGCGAAGAGCGGAGGGUGUUGUUCGAUCGGUGCUUUAGGAACGUGUCGUCUCCAGAGAGUUAUCUGACGUGGUGGUUUCUGGGCGCUGACCCUGAUGAUAUUCGACGGGACAACAUCAAAGAGUUCCUCCUCUGGGCUUUCUUUGAGCGAGGCGAUGGUUCCGUUGAUGAACCAGAUGAGGCGGUGGACGAGGAGCUCGAACAGUAUGUGACUCUGCUUGAGGAACGACUUGGACGAAAGAUACCGAGUGGUCGAGGAAACGUCCAAAGUCUUCGUCUCACUCUCGAUAAGAUCACGGCAACGUAUCGCGGCCUUGCCUGGUACGUGAUCGUCUUCUUCGUCGAUCAACUCACACAUCUCGCAUUCCUCUGGCACGGCUUCGAGUACUAUCGUCGUCCUCGAUCAUCUGCGAUUCGGGUAUUUCCUCCGCGUCCGCAAGAGUUGUGGCCGGGUCGGACAUCCCCCUCCUCUCAGCUCAGUUACUGGCACCGUCCUCACACGGCCGAGGGCCAACUGCCCGUCGUCUUCUUCCACGGCAUCGGAAUCGGGCUCUGGACGUAUGUGCAGUUCCUGGCUGGUCUUCACAAGACGGACGAUAAGAAGAGGAGCGUCGGUGUCAUCGCCAUUGAGAUUCUACCCAUUUCGUUCCGCCUCACGUCUGCCAUCCCAGACAAGGCUGAGUUCUUGUCCCAGGUGACAGCGAUCCUGGACUACCACUGUUGGGAGAACGUCGCGCUCGUGUCGCAUUCAUAUGGAUCCGUUUUGACAACCCACAUGCUGCACUCGCCCAGUCUGCAGCAUCGUGUUCCCUCUGUGGUACUCAUCGACCCUGUUACAAUUAUGUUGCACCUCCCCAAUGUGGCGUACAACUUUACACGGCGCAGGCCCAAGAGGGCCAACGAGUGGCAGCUCUGGUACUUUGCAAGUACCGAUCCAGGUGUUGCGCUCUGCCUAGGACGACAUUUCUUCUGGCGAGAGAAUAUCCUCUGGAAGGAGGAGUUGCUGACGUCUCUGGGAGACAGCGGCUUCAAGAGGGACGUUGCGGUGACCUUGGCUGGCCGAGAUCUCAUUGUCGACACUGCUUCGGUCGCGGAAUACUUGGAAGAUGAUGCCGAGACUUGUGUGGAAGGUGAUGAAGGUGGAGUACAAGUGGUCGUGUUCCCGAAGCUAGACCAUGCGCAAGUGUUUGACGACGCUCCGAGUCGCAAGACUUUGACCCAACUGGUCCGAUCGAGAUGUAAAUCGGGAAGGCUGGCACUUCCAUAGUUGCAACAUUGGUAGAGUACCCAAUAGACAAACGCUUGCAAG